AUGAGUCCUUCCGCCAAGAUCGCCGUCUUGAUCAUCAUGAUCACCCUCCUCCUCUGCGUCGCCGCCUACUACGCCCGCAACCAGAUUCACAACUUCGCCAAGGCCCUCGCCCAGCACCGAGCCCGUGCCAAAGAGCGCGAGACCAGCGACGUCAGCGAGACCGGAGACGCGACUACCACAGUCACUGCCACGGCCACGGUCUAA